GUUUGUUUCCCAAUUCAACAACCGACUCGUUUACAUGCCUUAUUUGGCACGUCUUUUUUCCGAUCAAACUCUAUAAAUACCCAAACUUUUAGCCCUCAGAAUCCUUCUUCCUUUGUCUCUCUACUUUCCUGCGUUUUCUUUUUCUUUCUAGGGUUUUCUCUCUCCACCAGCCGUUUUUGUGGAGGUAGAUAGAUUCAAUUUUCCUUCCUUCCUUUCCCCCCUUUUCUUAUACAUUUUCUGUUUGUUUCUCGUCAAAGUUCAAUUUUCUCAUUAAUCCUUUUCUUUUCCCUUUCAAUCUAUGUCGUCCGUUUGUAGGUUCCGAGUCUGUCAUCUCCACCUGAUUGAACGAAUCAGGUAGAAACUACAUUGAUUUUGGCUGGCGUUGUGGGCUAUACAUCACUCUGUUCUCAGAAAAACUUGUACAACUAAUGUGUAGCCUUCGUCUAUAGAUGCAGUGUACCUUUAGAGAUGAGAUUUCGCGAAGCUUGUGCUUAAUGGACUGCCCACCCAGCAGCAGCGACAAGAAAACUUUGAAGAGGUGGUUUUUCAUAGACAAAAGGGUUGGGUGAAGAAUAUCCAACAUUAGGCGUAUACCAAGCCCCACUUUCUUACCAAGCAGUGAUUAUACAUCAUACACUUUUCUUUGUAGUCAGAACUUUGAGCAAGUAAUCUGGACUAGAUGGAUUUAAAAUCGACAAAUGUUUCUCCUGUUCUUACUGACCCUGCUGUGAUAAACAAGUCCAGACUUGGAAUACAUUCCAGUCUGUUGCCAUAUGCGCAAUCUGGAGCAUCAUUCUCCUCUGACAUGCUAACAAUUCCGAGAAAGAAGCCAGGAAAGCUCGAUGAUGUUCGGUCCAAUGGUUGGCUUGAUGCCAUGAAAUCUUCUUCACCUCCUAGCAAGAAGAUACUUAAAAACUGCAAUGUUGAGGUGGCUUUAGAUGAUAGUGAUGUUGCUUACUGCUCCUGGAUGCUGAGUUAUCCAUCGGCCCUCAACUCCUUUGAGAAAAUCAUAAAUCGUGCGAGGAAUAAGAAGAUGGUGAUGUUUUUAGAUUAUGAUGGGACUCUUUCGCCAAUUGUAGAUGACCCUGAUCGUGCCUUCAUGUCUGACGAGAUGCGUUCUGCUGUUAUGGAUGUUGCAAAGUAUAUUCCAACAGCAAUCAUUAGUGGAAGAAGCCGUGACAAGGUUUAUGAUUUGGUGGGACUAACAGAGCUUUACUAUGCUGGUAGUCAUGGUAUGGACAUCAUGUGUCCAGUCAAAGACAGUGUGUCUGCUAACGCUUCGAAUUGUAUUAAAUUUACUGAUCAGCAGGGCAAGGAGGUAAACCUUUUCCAGCCCGCUAGCAAAUUUUUACCCAUGAUUGAUGAGGUUUUUAGAACCCUCGUCGAUAAGACUAACGAUAUCAAAGGUGCAAAAGUUGAGAGUCACAAAUUUUGUGCCUCUGUACAUUAUCGUAACGUAGAUGAGAAGAAUUGGUCUACUAUUGCACAAAUUGUUCAUGACGUUUUAAAAGAUUUCCCACACUUGCGACUAACUCAUGGUCGGAAGGUUUUAGAGGUCCGUCCAGUGAUUGAUUGGAAUAAAGGGAAAGCAGUUGAGUUUCUGCUUGAGUCACUUGGGCUAUGUAAUGGUGACGAUGUGCUCCCAAUCUACAUCGGAGAUGACACGUCGGAUGAAGAUGCAUUCAAGGUAUUGCGAGAGGGUAACCGAGGUUAUGGGAUUCUUGUAUCUUCUGUCCCAAAAGAAACCAAGGCUUUUUUCUCUCUAAGAGACACUUCAGAGGUGAAACAAUUCCUCAAGUCUCUCGUGAGAUGGAAGGAGAGGAGUGGGCUGUUGAAAUGCAAUACAAAAAACGAUAAAGAAGAGUACUGAUCGAUUGAAUACGUAUAGUAUAGAUGAAUUAUUUGUUAGGUCUUAAUUCUGUUUAUAAUAAAUUGAGGCAGGUGGGAGCUGCUAGCUAAAUUCCAAUUUGAUUUUCUUUUUCUUCAAUUGAUUACUUGAAUUGUUCAUUGCUCGAAGAUUUUUUUGGGCUGCACUUUUGUAAAGCCUUUUCCUUUUUCUCCCCCAAGGUUAAAAUACCGUCUUCAAUGAGAGUUAUUUGUGGUUUGUUUUGUAA